ACACACCAUCUGCAGUGCAAGCAAAAACACAAAAACCUAGCUAAUUAAUCCAACCGUGAAGAGGAAGAAGGAGAACAUCAUGUCGUUGCACAGCAUGGGGCGCCGGCUGGCCCUGGCCAUCGUCGGCUGCAUCCUCCUCUCGUCGCUCAGCACCGCGUCCGCGACGGGAAAGACCGGCCGGAUCACGGUGUACUGGGGGCAGACCUCCAGCGAGGGGUCACUCCGCGAGGCCUGCGAGAGCAAGCUCUACUCCACCGUCAUCCUCUCCUUCCUGAACAACUUCGGCGGCGGCAAGUACAAUCUCAACCUCGCCGGCCACUCCUGGAAGGCCGUGGGGCCCCACGUCAAGUACUGCCAGUCCAAGAAGAUCCUCGUCCUGCUCGCCAUCGGCGGUGGCAUCGGCAAGUACUCCCUCGCCUCCAAGGCCGACGCCAAGGGCGUGGCCAAACACCUCUGGAACUACUACCUCGGCGGCAAGUCCCGCAACCGGCCGUUCGGCAACGCCGUGCUUGACGGCGUCGACUUCGACAUCGAGCUCGGGAGCCGCGCCCACUACGACGACCUCGCAAGGUACCUCAAGGCCUACGGCAAAAAGAAGGUGUUCAUCACGGCGGCGCCGCAGUGCCCGUUCCCGGACAGGAUGCUGGGGGAGGCGCUCCGGACGGGGCUCUUCGACCGCGUGCACGUCCAGUUCUACAACAACCCCGUCUGCAGCUACAGGGCCGGCAACGUGGCCGCCUUCAAGAAGGCGUGGAAGGACUGGACCAAGAGCCUGCCCAACAGCUCCGUCUACCUCGGCCUGCCGGCGGCGCGAGGGGCGUCCAACAAGGGCAGCGGCUACGUCGACCCGGGGACGCUGGUGUCCAAGGUGCUGCCCAUCGUGCAGCGCUCCAACAACUACGGAGGGAUCAUGCUGUGGAGCAGGUACUUCGACGUCAACUCCGGCUACAGUAGGCGCGUCAAGAAGUUCGUCUGAGAUGCCUGCAUCUGCAUGCAUCGAUCCACGAUUAUACUACUACGUCCCCUACGUACGCGGAGUGCCCUUACGGUAAGUAGAAAUUCGUCGGACUAUAUAUGAUCUGAUGACCACGUGUACCUUACUAUAUGUCGGAAAGUUGUUCUGUGAGUGUGAUACUGAUACCAGUAUAUGUAUGUAUGUAUGUUGUGCAAUAAAGGGGACUUUUAA